AUGGUCACACGCUCACAGAACCAUAUUCAUUGUCUUCUUCGUCGAACGGAUGGAACCAUUCCUUAUCCUGUUCCGAAACCUUCUCUCCAUCUCACCACUUCAACGUCUCUCACUAUUCCCGAAGAACCCUCUUCCCUUACUGAAGCACCAAAAUACCCUGAAUGGAGAGCAGCCAUGGCCUCUGAAUUCGAUGCUUUACUUCACAAUCGUACUUGGGAUCUCAUUCCUUACUCAUCCAAUCUCAACAUUCUCGGUUGCAAGUGGGUCCUCAAGACCAAAUGGCUUGCUGAUAGAAUUCUUGAGCACCACAAAGCCCGCUUAGUGGCUAAAGGGUUUCAUCAGCAAGUUGGGAUUGAUUUCACUAAAACCUACAGCCCUAUGGUCAAACUAGUGACCAUUCGGCUUCUACUUUCCAUUGCUGUGUGUUUGUCUUGA